GUCCCGCGGCGGCGGUGGCGGCGGCAUGGCCGUCUGGACCCGGGCGUGUAAAACGGGGCUGCUGGAGCUGUUGUUGCGGGAACGUUGGGUGCGGGUGGGAGCGGAGCUGAACGGCGAGACGUUGAGUUUAACGGCGGAGCCGGCGUCCGGCGGCGAAGCGGCGGGGUUGAACGGCGUGGUGAAUGGCAACGGGGAAGCAGCGGCCGCCGGUGCGGUGCGGAGGGUGCGGGUGGUGAAAGCGGAGGCGGGUGGGUUGGGGAUCAGCAUCAAAGGAGGGCGGGAGAAUCGGAUGCCGGUGCUGAUCUCGCGGAUCUUCCCGGGCUUGGCGGCGGAACGGAGCGGAGCCCUCCGGUUGGGUGACGCCAUCCUCGCUGUUAACGGCGUCGAUCUCCGGGAUGCUACACACGAUCAAGCCGUGCAGGCGCUGAAGCGAGCCGGCAGGGAGGUCAUCCUCGAAGUGAAGUUCAUGCGGGAGGUGACCCCCUACAUCAAGAAGCCAUCGCUGGUGUCAGACCUGCCCUGGGAGGGGGCAGCCCCACAGAGCCCCAGCCUGAGCGGCAGCGAGGACUCAGGGUCCCCGCAGCACCAGGGCCCCCGUGACCGCAAGGUGAUCCCCCUCAAGAUGUGCUUUGCUGCCAGGAACCUCAGCAUGCCCGACCUGGAGAACAGGUUGAUUGAGCUGCACUCCCCGGACAGCCGGAACACCCUGAUCCUGCGCUGCAAGGACACGGCAACGGCUCACUCCUGGUUCACUGCCCUGCACGCCAACAUCACCGCCCUGCUGCCACAGGUCCUGGCAGAGCUCAACGCCAUGCUGGGCACCGGCGGUGCUGCGGCUGGCGGCAGAGAGGUGAAGCACAUUGCCUGGCUGGCUGAGCAGGCACGCCUGGACGGGGGACGGCAGCAGUGGCGGCCAGUUCUGAUGGUGGUGACAGAGAAGGACCUGCUGCUGUACGAUGGCAUGCCCUGGACCAGGGACGCCUGGGCCUCCCCCUGCCACAGCUAUCCACUGGUGGCCACCAGGCUGGUCCAUUCGGGCUCGGGCCGCCGCUCUCCCGCCCUGGGCUCGGAGCUGACCUUCGCCACCCGGACGGGUUCCCGCCAGGGUGUGGAGAUGCACGUGUUCCGGGUGGAAACCCACCGGGAUCUCUCCACCUGGACACGUGUCCUGGUCCAGGGCUGCCACGCUGCUGCUGAGCUGAUCAAGGAGGUGUCUGUGGGCUGCACGCUGGGGGGGCAGGAGGCCCAGCUCACCAUCCACUACGAGGGGGGAUUCACCAUCCGCCAGGAGGAGCCCUCCGGCAGCGUCCUCUUCCGCUACCCCUACGAGAGGCUGAAGAUGUCGGCAGACGAUGGCAUCAGGACCCUCUACCUCGACUUCGGGGGUCCUGAGGGGGAACUGGCGCUAGAUCUGCACUCCUGCCCCAAGCCCAUCGUCUUCAUCCUGCACACCUUCCUUUCAGCCAAGGUCACCCGCAUGGGGCUGCUGGCGGACUGAAGCCAUCGCUGAUCUCACCGCCUGUGCCUUGGAGUGGGGGGAGUCCAACCCCCAGAGACCCCCAGAGCUCCCCCCUUCCAUGCUAGGGGGGAGCCAGUGCCCUCCCUCUCCCCAGAGGAGGUCACAUUGUUGUGUCCUCUCCACCUGGGAUGGGGCUUAAGCUACAGGACCCCUCCCAUUGCUGCAGCUCGGGGUCCCCUUGCCCUCCUAGGAGUGGGGGGACACAGGAGGGGGUCUGCCCUGGGGUGCUGGUCCCUGCAGUGCAGGCUGGGGGGGGGCAUCCUCCCUGCAGGCUCUGACUCCCCACUGCCCUCCAAAAAAAAAAACCUCUCCCAAA